GCGCAGUCCAACGGGUGGCCUGUGUGAGGGGCUGGGGUUAGUGUGGGUCGCGUGCCGCUCCUACAACGGCUACUGGCCCCUUUCUCCUUCUGCAGGACGCUGGGGGCGCGUUGAAGUUAACCACAGUUUGUUACCUGGGUUCCCACUGUGGCUGUAACCGCCUGGAGUUGAAGGGGAGGAGGCAAAAGCGUGGGGCGGAGAACAGUAGGGCGGCCUGGAGCGGUGCGGCUCGUCUUUGCCUAAAGCUUCGGUUCCUACAGCCCCUCACGGGAAAAGGGUGAGGGGUGAAGAAAGGUGAAGUGAGGUGGCAGCUGCUUUGCUGGGUCUCCGGGACCGGCCUUGCCCAGCGGGCACCCGCGCUCGCCCUGGGGCGGCUUCUGUCUCUGUUCCUUGGACUCUGGGCGUGGGGAACGAGGGAAGGAAGGAGCCUGAGGCGAUUCCGGGACCCACCAGCCCCUCACACCCGUGAAAGGCGGGGCAGGGGAAAGUGAAACGAUUACCCCUUCCCGUAUUAAGGCGUUCCAGUGGUGCAGCAGGCUGGCCCGCAGAACUUGAGAAUAAAAAUGGGAACUCCUGGAUCAGGACGGAAGAGAACUCCAGUGAAAGACAGAUUUUCUGCAGAAGAUGAAGCUCUGAGUAACAUUGCCAGAGAGGCAGAAGCCAGGCUUGCAGCUAAGCGAGCAGCCCGAGCAGAAGCAAGAGAUAUACGUAUGAGAGAGCUGGAGCGACAGCAAAAAGAGUUUUCUCAGCGUUCAUAUGAUAGAAAAUGGGCUCAUAUCCAGAAAUGGAUGGAAGAUUCAGAGAGGGCCAGGUAUUCUCAGCGGUCCAGUCGACAUUCAUAUUUGGGAGUGGAUGAUGCUUUGAGUGCUCCAAGUAGGAGCAGUUUUAGAUAUGACAGUGCUGAGGAUAGAUCUGCAAGAUACUCAGUCCCUAGUCAUGCAUACAGUGAAUCUCAUAGUUCAAAGAAGAAAGCUGCUUAUUCCCAUAAAGACUUGUUGAGUGGAAUUUACUAUGAUCAAAGAAAUUAUAGCAGCCUUAGAUAUAAUAAACCAGUUUCUUCCUACCAUACUCGGUCAUCGUCUUCUCUAUGCAGUGAUCCAUUGGCAACAACCAGGAGUUACAGGGUGUCUCCUUCUGUAAAAACUGGUUUGAUAAGAAGUAUCAGUUUGGUUCGUAAGCACCAUUUGCAUGGUUGCCUUAAAUGUCCAUCUGAAUACAGUUAUUCUUCAAGAGCAAGCUCAGUUCGAAGUAGUCCUGUGGUGAGCGUCCUCUUGCAUGAUUUGCUGAACGCUUUGAUACUAACACACAACGUGAUGAUGAUGAUUAUGAAUACUUACACUGGAGAUCCUUUUACUGACCAACAAACAGACUCAGUUUUACAGUUCUGCAUCAAAUCCUCUGAUUUUUCUGAUCAAAGUGAAACUGCUGCUGACUAUUUUAGUCGUUCCAACCGCAGGGGAAGCAUUGUUUCCGAUGCAGAUGAUGUCCAAGGUUUGAAUAGUCUGGAAGAAAAGAGUGAAAAAUCACAUUCAGAAAUAUUUUCCAGGCCAUCUUCUCGCAAUUCAGUAAGUGCAACUCCUCUAAGUGGCAACUCAUCUAGGAGAGGAAGUGGAGACACAAGCAGUUGGAUCGAUCCUGAUGCCUCCCUCAGUGAAUUACGGGAUAUCUAUGAUCUUAAGGACCAGAUACACGAUGUAGAAGGGAGAUACAUGCAGGGACUUAAAGAACUAAAGGAUUCCCUAGCUGAAGUUGAAGAGAAGUACAAGAAAGCUAUGGUUUCCAAUGCUCAACUAGACAAUGAGAAAAACAACUUGGUUUAUCAAGUGGAUACUCUGAAGGAUGUCAUUGAGGAGAAAGAAGAACAGAUAGCAGAAUUCUAUAGGGAGAAUGAAGAGAAAUCAAAGGAAUUGGAAAGACAGAAACAUACAUGCAGUAUCCUACAGCAUAAGCUGGAUGAACUUAAAGAGGGACUUCGACAGAGAGAUGAAUUGAUAGAGGAGAAUCAACGCAUGCAGCAGAAUAUAGACUCCAUAACCAAGGAGGUGUUUGAUCUCCAGGAGACAAUUAAUUGGAAAGAUAAAAAAAUAGGGGCCCUAGAAAGACAGAAAGAUUACUUUGACUGCAUUAAGAAAGAGCGAGAUGAGCUCAGAGAGGAGUUGGCUGACCUGAAGGAAACAAUGAAGAGAGGAGAGAAACAUGGAUUAGUUAUCAUUCCAGAUGGCACACCGAAUGGUGAUGUCAACCAUGAAUCGGUUGGUGCAAUAACAGUUGUAUCACAGGAAGCUGCUCAAGUCUUGGAAUCUGCAGGAGAUGGACCACUAGAUGUUCGGCUACGAAAACUGGCUGGAGAAAAGGAGGAAUUACUGUCCCAGGUUAGAAAACUGAAGAUGCAGUUGGAAGAGGAACGACAGAAAUACUCUAAAAGUGAUGGCAUGAGUUCAGAUAUCAUAGGCUUAGAGAAUGGUUCUGACCUACAGCUGAUUGAAAUGCAGAGAGAUGCCAACAGACAAAUUAGUGAAUACAAAUUUAAGCUUUCAAAAGCUGAACAAGAUAUAACUACCUUGGAACAAAACAUUGGACGACUUGAGGGACAGGUUGCAAGAUAUAAAAAUGCAGCAGAAAAUGCAGAAAAAGUAGAAGAUGAACUCAAAGCUGAAAAGAGGAAGCUUCAGCGAGAGUUAAGAACAGCACUGGAUAAGAUAGAGGAGAUGGAGAUGACCAAUAGCCACUUAAUGAAAAGGCUGGAGAAGAUGAAGGCAAACAGGACUGCGCUUCUAUCUCAACAGUGAAAUGGAAAUUGAAAACCUGAUGCACUGCUCCUUGAAUAACUAGCCCCUAGCUUGUUUUUAAAUACAGACUCUCAUUGGCACAAACUAUUUGAACACCAAGCUGUUCAUUGGUUCAGUUUCAUAAUUAAAUGGCAUACUUCUUUUUUGUAACUUAUGAGAGAAUGACAAGUAGUUUGAAUUCCCACAUGAAUGGCAGCAAUCUUUCUGUAGCGUUUGAUUCAGAGUCAGAGCUGGAGCACAAUGCUGUACGUUCCACUUAGCGAUAGAAAACCUUCUUACAGCUGUGGAAUCAAGUUUACUCAUGAUCUCUUUUGGCUGCUUUAUUGAUGCUUGAUGCUCAGAGACAACUGCAUGAAUUCAAGAAGACACUGUGUUACUGUAUUAUAAACUAACAUAUAUUUGCUCAAGGCAUCACACAGCGCAAGUGCCUUUUAUCUGGUGCAAUUUAGACUUCAUUGUUGAAAUAACCUUUGAAAUCAGAUAAUGUUUUAUUUUAAGAUACAUUUGGGGUAUUCACUAAACUUUAUACAUUUUGAAAAUACGUUUUUUGUAAGAUAUUUAAAUUUAUAAGAGGAAAAUUAGGGACUGUAUAUAAAAAUCUGCUUUUUUGCAUGAGCACAUCAGAAUUCUAGGUAAUUUUGGGAAAUACUAGCCCCUGAUACUCUUAGUAUUAAGAGUACAGAUGUAAAAAACUUCCAUUGUACACCAUCAAAUUCUCUGUCAUCUGCUACAUAAGUGUGAAGUUUCAGGGUGGGAGGAAGGGAUGGGAGAUGUGGCUAAGGAGUUUAUUAAAUGGACACUUUACUGACCAAAA